AUCUGCCAGUUUUAUUAUGUAGUUCUUCAAAACCCAUUCAAAACUGCUGUUCAUAUGUUCCUCCAUUAUGAUAUGUAGAUAUGAUGUAUGCAGUCUUCUAAAAUGUCUCUUCAAGCUAAAAUAUGUCUAGGUGCCGCGUGUGUGUUUUCAGCAUCAAUCAUAGGAUACGUUCAUAUUAAACAGAUAAGAGACAGGGAAGCAAUGCACGAAGGAGUCAUCAGAGAUAUAGAGAUGAGACAAAGAAAGAAGGCAGAAAAUUUAUACACACUACAACAACAGAUUGAUCUUGCUAAAGAACUGAAAAAACAUAAUGGCCAUAGUGUUACAUGAUAUCAUUUCACAUGUGAUUAUUUAGUAAGAAUUGAGCAGUAAUAUUGAAGUCUGUCUACCAAGUAGAUGAAUAAAUAAUCAUUUAGCUUGUGGGCAUCAAUAUUGUCUUGAGAUCCCCUAUUUUUUGUCAUAGCUUUGUGUUACUAUUACUUUUUUAUUCAAGUAGGUAACAGCCCCAUUGCACCCAAUAUGAAGAUACAUAUAGUUGUAGUUACCAUUCUUGGCAGUUACAUCAUCAACGCAAUAUGAAAUAAGUUAACAGUUCAAGUCACCAUACCAUGGGCGAAACAUGCACAGCACCUUUCUCCAGUAUGCAUGAAGUGGGUAACAAGGGACAGCUGUUUUCAUACUCUU